GGGAAAAAGGGGAGGGUUGAAAAACCAAAACCAAAACAAAAAGAAGCGGCACACUGUCCUUCCCUAUCUUCAGCUUCACAUUCACCUCGUCGCCUCUGCGUCUUUCCCGCCCACCCCACCCUCCAAAGCCCCCGUUUCCAAUUUCCAACCGACCCGCUGUGUGUGGGUUAGUGACACCGCACGAUCGCGUGGCCGCAGAAGGUGUUGAGUGUGUGGUGUGACGACGACCAUUCCGGUUUUUUCCGUUUUUCCCGCCACUUCUGGCGUGACGAUCAAUUUUCCCACGGUUCCGGUGCGGGCGUGAGUGCGCGCGUGGCUGCGCGCGAGCGUGUGUGCGGAUUGAGUGUGUGUGUGUGAGUGUGGGUGCAUUGUGUCCGUCAUUUAAACGCCAUUGGUGUGUAUGAGGGUGUGUGAAGGUGCGUAAGCGUGUGCUUCGCCCAGUGCGUGUUGCAGCAGGUGUUCCUGGUCAGGUCCUGUCAGGGUCCGGUCAGGUCCGGUCAGGUCCUGUGAGGUCCGGUCAGGUCCGGUAAGGUGGAAAUUUUACAGCCACAGCUACAAAGCCCAUGCAAUCAACGAUCGCGUGCCGUCGCCGCACAGUCUCACCCAAUCAACCCAUCAUCCGCCGUCGCUGAAGCGCAUCAUCCGCAGCUGCCGACCCAUCAACACGAACUAGACACACUCGGCGAGACACACGCGGCAAUGGGCUCGUUUCCGCAGAUGGUGGACCUGAACGUCGGCGGUACACAGUACACCGUCAGCCUGAAGACGCUGCUCGUGGAGGACGGGUCCUGGCUGCAGGAAACGUUUGGUGCGGGCAAUCUGCCCGCCGACGUACGCGGCUACUUCUUCAUCGACCGUGACGGUGCCCUGUUCCGGCACGUGCUGGACUACCUGCGCGACCCGGUCCGCUACACCCUGCCGGUUGGUUUCCUCGAGCGCGAUCGGCUCCGGCGGGAGGCGGAAUUUUACCGCCUCGCCGGUUUGCUCGAGCUGCUCGCCAAGCAGGUGCCGGGCUGCAUCACCGUCGGCUACCGGGGCAGCUUCCAGUUCGGCCGGGAUGGGCUGGCCGACGUGAAGUUCCGCAAGAUCACGCGGCUGCUCGUCCACGGGCGGGUUGCGCUCUGCCGGGAGGUGUUCGGCGACACGCUGAACGAGUCCCGCGAUCCGGACCACGGUGCCUCGGAUCGCUACACCGCCCGGUUCUUCCUGAAGCACGUGUUCAUCGAGCAGGCGUUCGACAUGCUGCAGGAGCAGGGCUUCCGACUGGUCGGUAGCUGCGGCUCCGGUACGGCCGGUUCCGUGUCGGAGAACCUGAAACCGGGCGUCGACACGGAGGAGAACCGCUGGAAUCACUACAACGAGUUCGUCUUCGUGCGCGACUAAGCCAUCGGCCGACGGCACGACACAACAUGCAACUAUACUACACAUCUACAGACAGAGCAACAACACGAAACACCCAUACACACGUACAGCCACCUAGACGCAACCGAGAAUGGAGCGGAUUUGGCAUGAGAUUAGAUCGGUACAUAUACGCUAAGGACUGGGCACGAGAUGGGCAAUGCGAGCCAAAGAAAGCAGCUGGAUGACAUUUAAUGGAGAGCACUCGAUGCAAAAAGAAAAAUCGCGUCACUAUAUACACCGUGGACAGCAAUAUCGGGCCCGCGAGGGCGAACGAACUAAAUUCGACAUCUCGAACUUUUGCAGCCCCUUAAAGUUCGUACCCUUGAAUUAAUUUCGAUCGCACUCGACGAACCGGCACCAGUAUCGCGCGUAAACGGGAAAGAAAAUAGGGAACGUCGAUUGCCGCAAACACCUCACCGGCGUGCACCAAUCAAUCAAUCCACCGGGGAUCGGAAAGACUUAACUCCCACCAAAACUGAUAUCAACCAAACCAGAUGCAUAAUUUUGAAUAAUACGCGUAGUAGCACGAAUAAUUUUUCCUUCCCCCCCACACCAAACAAAACAAACAU